AUGGGCAACUACGCCGACCUGCCUCCCGACCAGCGCCCGGGCUACGUGCAGCAGGCCCAGGCCGCGUCGCAGUACCAGUAUGCGCAGCCCGGUGGCCUGCAGUACACGUCCAGCCCGGCCGUGGGCCAGCCGUACGCGUACACAGCCUCGCCCAGGGACAGCACGUCCGGCUUCCAGUACGCGCAGGCCCCCGGCAAGAUCACCUUCAGCGCGCAGCCCGUCGCCGGCGCCGCCCAGCACCCGCACCAGCAGCCCGCCGUGCGACACACGGCCCAGCCCACGAGUCCCGCGUACCCUCCCGCGCCCGCGCACCAGCAGUAUGGCGCCUACGCGCCUGCACCACCGCCUGCUGCCCAGCAGUACCCGCCGCCGCCCAUGGGCAGCCACUCGCCGCGCCCCGAGCACCAGCGCGCGCAGUCGACCGCCGCGCCGACGAGCACCUACGACGGGCGCAAGGUCGUGGAGAUGGUCCCGGGCGGGGGGAAGCAUAAUUCGCAGCCGCUGCCGCCGCCGCCGCCCAUGCGCCCGCACAGUCUCUCUGUGGGCGGUGGCGGCCGUCCGGACGGGCUCACGUCGCGCAUGGACAGGCUCUCCGUGAGCGGCAACCGCCCAGACCCGCACAACAUCAUGCCCGGCGGCAUGCCUGGCGGCUUCCCUGGCGGGGGCAUGCCUCCCCCAAGCCCGCUGCUGGAAGCGUACCAGGGCGUGUACCAGUCCAUUAGCCCCAUGCCCCAGGCCAUGAUGCUUAACGACGACGACCUCGACCACCUGCAGCCGCUUGACAGCCUCUCCCCGCGCGAGUCGCGACAGUCCGUCCAUGGCAGGCAUCGCGCCCACUCGCGCUCGGGCCGCUCGCCGAGUCCCUUGCCUCCCUCCAAGCGCGAUAAGCUCGCCCUCGAAGCGUACAACUCCUCCGCGCGCGACCCCUACGACCCCUAUGGCGACCGCGACCGUAGCCGUGAUCGCCGCGACAACGGCCGCAGGAAGGAAAAGGAGGAGCGCCGCGCUCGAGUUUACGACGCCGAACCCGACGCGCUCGCCAUCGUCGACGCCCUCUCCGCACGCACCCCCGAUGUCGACACGCUGAUCGACAUCCUCCCCGCCCUGAGCCACGACCAGAUGCUCGAGCUGCGCACCGAGUACAAGCGCCACUGCAAAGUGCAAGGCCGCGGCAUCAACAUCGCCAAGCACAUCAAGCUCAAGACGUCUGGCAACUUCGGCAAAGUCGCCUACGUCACCGCCCUCGGCCGCUUCGAAGGCGAAGGCUACUGGGCAAACUACUGGUACCAAUCCAACUCAGCCCGGCGUGAGCUCCUCAUCGAAGCGCUCAUGGGCCGCCAGAACCACGAGAUCCGCGCCAUCUGCGCCGCGUUCAAGGACAAGCGCUACAGCGACAGCCUGGUCAAGUGCAUGGACAAGGAGCUCAAGGCCGACAAGUUCCGCAAGGCCGUGCUGAUGGCGCUCGAGGGCGAGCGCCAGGAAGAAAGCGACGUGUGGCCCACCGAGUACCGCAACCGCGACGUCGACACGCUGUACAAGUCGCUCAAGAUGCGCGAGGGCGGCGAAACAGCCAUCCUGGGCAUCGUCGUCAUGCGCUCCGACGCCCAUCUGCGCGAGUGUCUGCGCACGUACGAGCGCAAGUACCAGGGCAGCUUCGCGCGCGACUGUUUGCGCAAGAGCAACAACCUCGUCGGCGAGGUCAUAGCCCACAUCCUCAACGGCGUCAUCAACCGCCCCGCCCGCGACGCCAUGCUGCUGCACCACGCGCUCAUGGACCUGAUCGAGCCGCCCAGCGCGUCCCACAGGGACAAGGACAAGCCCGCGCCGUCCGCCAGCAAGCACGAGCGCCAGCAGCGCUACGAGCUGCUCAUCUCGCGCCUUGUGCGGCUGCACUGGGACCGCCUGCAUCUGGUGCGCGUCAAGACCGAGUACGAGGAGAAGUACGGGCGCGUCGUCGAGGAGGAUGUCGAGGGCGCGACGAAGGGGGAUUUCAGGGAGUUUUGCUUGGCGCUGUGUCAGACGGGGCGGUGA